GAGAAGUACUACUCUCUCUAUCCCUCUUUUCUCUUUCUUGUUUCUCUCUCACACACACAGAGACACAACACAACACACAUUUUUUUUUUUUCAAUUUAGACGCACACUUGGGUUCAACCAAUCGUGCCUCACCACCCUUUCUUUCUUUCUUCCAAAUCUUUCUCUUUAAUUUUUUUCUCAUUUCGUCUCUGAAUUUUCUGCCUUUCUUCAAACGACGUCGUUUUAGUCAAUGAUCUUCUCCUUCAAUUUCGGUAAUCUAGGGUUUUGUUAACGAGCUCAGAAUUCUCCAUGGCUGCUGCUGCUGCUGGUAGUUCCAGCUCAGCGAUGCUCGAUGGAAGUGUUGGAACAUCUGUAGGUUUAACGAAGUCGGAGCAGAGUAGUUUUGUGCAUUGUACGGAGGGUUCUCAGUUGGUCGGAGUUCAGUCUACGGUUGCCGGAGUUUCUCCGACGGAGGCAGCUGUUGUAGAUGGGAGGAAUUCAGCUGUAAAUUCGAUCGGACACGGCGGAGUUGAUAGGCGGAAGAGAGGGCGGCCACCUCGUAGCCAGGCGGUGAAACCUCCGCCGCCGAAGAAACAGCGAGAAGAGGAUGAAGAUGUUUGCUUCAUAUGUUUUGAUGGUGGUUCGCUCGUUCUUUGUGAUCGCAGGGGGUGUCCAAAGGCAUAUCAUCCAGCUUGUAUUAAGCGGGACGAGGCAUUUUUUCGCUCCAAGGCUAAAUGGAACUGCGGUUGGCAUAUUUGUAGUGUGUGUCAAAAAACUUCCCACUACCUGUGCUAUACUUGUACAUAUUCAUUGUGCAAGGCAUGCACAAAAAAUGCUGAUUACUUGUGCGUUAGAGGAAACAAAGGCUUUUGCUCGACAUGCAUGAAAACUAUCAUGCUGAUUGAGAACAAAGACCAAGCAAAUAAGGAAAUGGUUCAGGUAGAUUUUGAUGACAAAACCAGCUGGGAAUAUCUCUUCAAGGUGUAUUGGGUAAUCCUAAAGGAAAAGCUAUCAUUAACACUUGAUGAACUUGUUCAAGCUAAGAACCCAUGGAAAGAAUCGGAUGCAGUAUAUGGUAAGCGGCCACUACUGCCUUAUGGUCAUUAUGUUGCAAAUGAUGGCAAAGGUAUUUCGGGCAAGUCAUUUGACCAGUCAGAGCUGAAGAAACCCUUAGAGCUGUUAGAGCUAUCUAAAAAGGAUCCUCCAACCACUGAAAGCCGAACAACUGCAAAGUCUAACCCAAGCAUUUUCAGUUCUACUCCUCAGUCAGAGCUAACAAAGCCUGCUGAAGAGCUAGAGCUUCAGGAGGAAGAUUGUUUGAGGACAAAACAGGGAACCACUGCUGUGCAGACAUCAGUGAAUGGAUGCAUGGAGUGGGCAUCGAAGGAGCUAUUGGAUUUUGUUGCACAUAUGAAGGAUGGUAAUACUUCUGCUAUAUCUCAGUUUGAUGUCCAGGCACUUUUGCUCGACUAUAUUAAGAAAAAUAAGCUUAGAGAUCCUCGACGGAAGAGUGAGAUAAUUUGUGAUUUGAGGCUAAAAAGCCUUUUUGGUAAGCCACGUGUUGGCCACAUAGAAAUGCUGAAGCUUCUUGAGUUCCACUUUCUGAUAAAGGAGAAUCCCGAGAAGAGUGCCUUUAUACCAGCUGGAAUUGUUGGAACAGUGACUGGCCAUGUCGAACCUGAUGAUAGCAAUGAUAUCUCUUCAUCUAAAAAACGUAAAAGUCGUAAAAAUGGCGAAGUAAAAAUCACCCAGAUUAAUCUGGAUGAAUUUGCUGCAAUUGAUGCUCACAAUAUAAAUUUCUUAUAUUUGCGGCGUGAUUUGAUGGAAAGUCUCGCUGGAGAUGUGGAGAAGUUCCAUGACAGAGUUAUUGGCUCAGUUGUCCGCAUAAAAAUACCCAGUAACGAUCAGAAACAGGAAAUUUACAGGCUUGUCCAUGUUGUAGGUACAUGCAAGUCAUCUGAACCAUAUAAGAUCAGAGAUACGGCAGUUGAUUUUCUAAUUGAAGUUUUAAACUUAGACAAGAAAGAAGCUAUAUCUAUUGAUACUAUUUCAAAUCAAGAUUUCAGUGAGGAUGAAUGCAGAAGAUUACGUCAGAGUGUAAAAUGCGGGCUUGUAAAAAGGCUUACUGUAGGUGAGAUACAGAAGAAAGCUAUGGAACUCCGGGCAGUGAAACUCAAUGAUUCCCUGGAAGCGGAGAUAUUGCGCCUCAAUCAUCUUCGUGAUAGAGCAAGUGAGAAGGGGCACAAGAAAGAGCUCAGAGAAUGUAUAGAGAAGUUAGAGCUUCUGAAGACGCCUAAGGAGCGCCAGCGGAGGCUAAUGGAGAUUCCAGAAGUGCAUGCUGAUCCAAAGAUGAACCCAGAUUAUGAAUCUGAAGGAGAACACAAUGACAAAAGAAAUGUUGAACAUCCAGCACCAAGAUACACUAGAAUUAGUAGAAGGGAUGAAAAACUUGUAUCUUUAGGGAGUCGAGUUAAAGAAGAGGGAUCUAUCAUGGCUCGAUGUAGAUCGAGUGAGAAAAGAGAAGCUUGUGGAACUAAUAUCUUUGACAAGAAAGGAAAUCAAUUUACUGUUGAACAAGCUGUGGAUAGGUCUGGAUCUGAAGCUUCAAUUGCUAGUCUCUCUACGGCGAACUCAUCAUCCGUUAAUAGUUGUGAAACUGACAAAUUGUGGCAUUACCGAGACCCUGCUAAACGAAUACAAGGACCAUUUUCGGUGAUGCAGUUGAGGAAAUGGAAUACAUCCGGGCUUUUUCCCCCUGAUAUGAGGAUAUGGACAAAUCAUGAGCAUGAAGACUCGGUACUUUUAACUAAUGCACUGAAGGGGCUUUUCCAUAAAGAAUUUCAAGUGCAUGAUAAGACAUCAAGCCAGUCAUGGGAACCAGCUGGCUUGGAUAGUAGAACUAGUGUUAGGUGGACUGAGAGUGCUACUGGCUCACGGGGUGAAUGUGGAAAGAAAGAGGCACCUAGGCACCUUCAUAAUGCAAAUUACUAUUCAAACAGUAACACACAGUUUACGAGGACGAGUGGGUGGUUGCCCCCUUCUUUUCAACAAUGCGUGGAGUCGUUGAAGGCAAAUAAUUCUUGUUUUGACAAACCCCAACUGUCAAGCUCCCCUUCAUCUAUUCAGCGAGAGGUGAUUUUAGCUCUUCCACGGCAGGAAAAAGGACAGGAAAAUGAUAAUUGUCAUUCUGUUGCAGCUCAUGGAACUCAGAAUUCACAUAAAAGCACAUCAUGCUAUGCACAAUCUAACAGUCAGAAUUUAGGCCCAUCUUCUGGUCAGAACCAGGGAUCUUUUACCAGCAAUAAAUGUUCAAUUAACCUGGAUUGUGGAUCUACUUUUGCUUCAGCUACCCAAUCAAGGGAUUCAUUUGAACAGAAAGGAAAAAUGAAUUUCCCAGACCUACCUAGUCCUACCCCAGAGACGAGAUAUGGUGACAUUGAAGCGCAGGCUGCUGAGAAACUGCUUUUGUUGAGUUCAGUUAUUCCUUUUUGUGGUUCAGAUAUUCAUGAUUUGCCAAGUCCUACCCCUAUUUCAAACGGUGAAGCUCAAGGUGGGCAUGCUGAUGAAAAUAAAGAAUCUGGUCCGUCAAGUCUUCCUGACUGUGAACCUCAAGGUGGGCAUGCAGUUGAAAAUAAAGAAUCUGGUCUGUCAAGUCUUCCUGUUCAAGAAUCAGGCCAAAGGUGGAGCAGUGCUUCUAGCCCAGUGGUUGGUGGGCCGCACCUUCGUGAAAUAGCUGAUGAAUGGGGUAGAAGUUCACCAGCUGCAAAACCAUCUACUGAAGAAUGGGAUUCUGGUGUUGUCUCUGUUUCCUCGCAGAAACCGGCUGACACUGUGGGUGAUCAUGUUGCCACACCCCCUUCACAUGGCGACCAACUUACUGCAAAACCAUCUACUGACCAUCCUGGUCUUGUCUCUGUUUCCUCGCUGAAACCAGCUGACACUGUGGGUGAUCAUGUUGCCACACCACCUGCAAAUGGCGACCAACUUACUGCAAAACCAUCUACUGACCAUCCUGGUCUCGUCUCCAUUUCCUCACUGAAACCAGCUGACGCUGUGGGUGAUCUUGUUGCCACACCACCUUCAACUGCCGACCAACUUACUGCGAAACCAUCUGCUGAAGAAUGGGAUGGUCUCGUCUCCGUUUCCUCACUGAAACCAGCUGAAGUAGUGGGCGAUCAUGUUGCAACACCUACUUCAAAUGCCGACCAACUUAAUCACACUUCCCCUUCUCAUCCAAUGUCAAACUUUUUUGGUGAGCCUAUAGAGUUCAGCACUUUGGCUGAGGAAUCAGUGUCAGACCUUUUGGCUGAAGUUGACGCCUUGGAAUCUCAAAAUCAAAAUGGUAUGGGUUCUCCUACUUCUGCUAUGAGGUGCAGUGAGGGGAUGAUACCUGGUUGCAAAACUGGUUACUUUAGCCCGAUGGAAGAGCUGAGUCCAACACAUGAUCCUGUAAGAAGUGAUGCCUUGAGUUCCACUGGAGAUCUACAACUACCUUGUCAAUCUACUGUGACGGAUGAAACAGUUGGUGCAUCUCGAGCUGAUGCUUUUGAUCCAUUAAGGAGGUCCGCCGGAAAUUCAUCUACGAGUAGUGAGGGUGAAACCAAGUCAGCUGAUGUUUUGUUUUCCCAGGGGGAUGUUGGGUCCGUUAUACCUGCACCUUGUACCACGAGUCAAACUACUGCAUUUUCUGCAAUGGGCAGGAGUACAGGAUUUGAAGGUAUGACCAAUGGCCGUGGAGCAGCACCUGGAAACCAAAAUUGGGGUGGACCAGUUCAGGGAUAUGCAAAUUUUGGUUAUGGAAGCAGCACGGGAGCUGCAUGGGGAAAUUCACAUAUGAAUCGAGGUGCGCCUUUCUCUGGGAAUCCAAUGUGGGAUAGCCAGCGGAGGUAUGCAGGGGAAAGGUCUGGUGGUCCCAGAGACUGGGCUCUUCAAGGAGGAGAGUCGGGAUUUGGUAGGGGUAGGUCAUCUUGGAACAACAGACAGCAGCCAUAUGGUGGUGGAGGAUAUUCUAGGCCUCCUCCGAAAGGCCAGCGAAUUUGUAAAUUUUAUGAGAGUGGGCGUUGCAAGAAGGGGGCGGCGUGUGACUAUCUACACCCGUGAUGGUGUAAAUUGAAGGCAAUUGCUUUCAUUUUGUACAAUCAGAAAAUUCUUUUUGGAGUAAAAUAGACAUGUAGCUAAAAUGUUAUUCCUGUAACUCAACUGAAAAGUCUCAGUUCAAAAUGGCAGAUUGCAAUUUUUUCUUCCGCA